AAUGCUAGGCCACACACACACACACACACACACACACCACACACACACACACACACACACACACACACACACACACACACACACACACACACACACACACUCCCUCACUCAAACCAAGAACCAGCUCUCAUUCAUAUCAUCUUUAGGACAAAGAAUAGUUUGACCAAGCUCUAUACUGUAUAUAAAAUCCUACACUGUUCAAAAUAUGUUUUGCCGGGACGUCAUUAUUUAAUUUGAAGCUGAUCUAUGAAACUUGACUGGUUCUCAUAAACCUAACGCUUGUGUGAGCUAAAAAUGGCAGUCAUUAAAGGAGAUGUCACCCUCUGACAACUUCUCAUUAUGUAGGCCAAUCCUGUCUGUGUUCAGCUUUUGUGUUGCAGCCAGCAGGACAACAAACUAAAUCUUAUUCCCAGCACUUCCCUCAGUGGAGUGACUACAUAAAACCCUGCAGCCACCGUCAGUCAGAGCAGAUAUUAGAGGUGCAGCUCACACAAAAAUUGCCCCUCUCUUUCUCAAUGUCACAUAAACUGUGUGAUGGCCUUGCUGUUAAAUGGAGUGGAAUCGAUUUUACGCAGCGAGCAGCAAGGCGGCGAGCAUCCACAGACAUCUGAAGGCCCCCCCCCCAACAAAAAAUGAUUAUAGUUAUAUAAGUUUCCCUCCCACUCCCUCCAUCCUCUCCACCAUAAGCAGGGGUGUUGUCAUAGCAACCCCCACCCCUCCUCUUGAACGUCAGCGGCAGGAGCUCGGAGGAUGAAGCUGCAUGCAGCUCCUGUCUCUUGUGCCUCUCACAGAGCAUCACCUGUGAUUUUACUCGUCUCACAUGCAACAGUCAGCUGCGGCGCCGGAUAUUAUCUGAUGACUGAUUUGACUCGCAGCUGCUGCUCAUCCCAUACCAUCUAAAGACCGAGAGCAGCUGAUUCAGCAGCGUCUGCAGCAGUGAUGUCGUGGCUCUUCUUGGACUGGUUCGUGCCCCUCUACCUGCUGGUGUCUGUCCUGGUGCUGGCGGGCUUCGGAGCAUGCCUUUACUUCCUCGAGCCUGGGCUGCAGGACGCCCACAAGUGGAGCAACAAAACAGUCCGGCAUCACCCGCUGGUGGCCAGUGUGAACUGCAUGGAUGACGAUAGCAAUGCCCUGAUAUGAUCAAGAGGGCCAUCUGGACAGCAGGGUGCUGCCAGGACACCGUGGAUGGGAGCCAACACCUUAAAGAUGGAGAGAGAAAGAGGUGGAGGAGAGUUGCUCUGUCUAAUCAUUCCAACUUUUCUCUGAACUCUAACAUCCUUAAUGUAGAGUUCAGGGGAAAGUGAAGCAGAGAGGAAAUGCACAAGGUGGAGGAGACUUUAUGCAGGAUGAGAUUUUGGAGGUGAAUGGGAGACAUGAUGCCCUUUAGAAAUGUGAUUUAAAAACAUGAUGUAAAUUUCACGCCAUCUUAUACUUGUAACAACUUUUACAUACGUUUUGUAAUUUGACAAUCACUUUACAUGAAUCAUGAAGUUUACUUGCUAUAUUGUGCAUUUGAUAAGUGAAGGGAAUGAUAUAAGUGCAAUGAGUUUGAUGGCAGCAGGAAGGGUUUCUCACCCUCUCUCUGGUGAUGGUGGCACAGCAGCUGCUGGGAAGCAUGAGAAUUGUUAGAGCCAACAUGCCAAAAUGGUUUUAGGGGUAACUUUAUUAUAAUAAUAUGUAUUGAAUAAUUGAUGACUGAUAUAUUCAAGGUGCCAAGAUUAUCCUGGAUGGACCAAGAUUACUAUUUGGCAGUGCUCAAAGUGUAUUUUUUGUGUCUUCAUUGUUUUUACUUGACAGCAUGGUGAGGAAACGUUGGGUAUGUAACGACCCUCUUUUAAAUGAUCAUAUGCUUCCUUUGUUCAUGCUUAAUAAAAUGGUUAAAUCUUCAAUUAUUUGGAUUUACAUGUAUUUAUUUUAUUAUGAAGUUGAACAUAUCUUUAAGCCAAUAUUUAGGUUUGUGUAGUGUAUCUGCAACAGUGGUGGAAAGUACAUUUACUCAAGUAAUUUACUAAAUGUGCUACACAUCUGACAGCUGAAGUUACUAGUUACUUUUCAGAUUUAGAGUUUACAUUAAAAACAUAUGAGCUCAUAAAAACGUUGCUAGAAGUUUCACCAAAAAGAGUAAAUAUUUUGUUUUUAUUUAAAUAAGUGUAGGAGGUCCAAAGGAGAGGAAAAUAAGAACACUAUUUUUUUCUAGCAGACCAUUGUAUUUUGUAACCGUAAAAUGGUCCUUACAAUUAGAUGCAUGACUAUUAAAAUGUUAUAAUGGGAUAUCAGAUGCCCGAUACUUUUACUUAUGACACUUUUAAGUACAUUUUAAAUUGUGCCGACUUUCCCACGGCUGAUCUGCAUUGUAGAGAGAAAGAACAGUGCAACAACACCACAUGGAGCCUUCACAGACGUCCCAUGAAAAGAGGAGAGACCAGAGUGGGAGAGAAACACUGGGGCUUCAGUGUCGAGGAAUGGAGAGAAUGGCACUUGUGCUCCCACCACUUCCUACUGCCGAGUUCCCCGUCUCGCACUCUUUGACUUAUUUACCAACUGAGUGUGUCAACAACACAGUUUGCUUCAGACAGCAGAAUGAGUGUUUUUGAUCGUCCAGCACCUUUGAUCCCUCAAGUAUCUGCAUCCUCCAGACAAACAAACAAAAAUCCAUCAGUCUGUGUGUCUCCUCCUCUGCCCCUCUCCUCACCUGUCAUCACAAAGAAAGCCAUUCAAAUCCCAUCAUUUGAUGAGAAGGGACUCAUCUACGAGAAACACAACACAAAACCAAACAGUGACAGAUCGUUUCUCCCAAUUUGUUCUCCCAAGUCAUCCACUCAGCCUUUUUGGGGUAAAUCAUGUACGCAUUCAGAGGGAAAACAUGGAGAAAGAGCUUCAACCCUCCCAAGAGCUAAGCCCAAAACAUGCAGCUCUCCAAUUUUUUCUGCAAAGCCGAGCGUCUCCAUUGUCCCUGCACCAAAGCCAAAUUCCUCUCCCACUCUGAAACCAAAGCCAAGUGAUUCUCUUCAUCUCCCUGCCUCACAGUUCAGAGAUCCCUCUCCAUUAUUCCUGCAACAACCUCAUCCUAAACUGAGUGUAUCUCCAACUCUGACUGUCCCAACUCCCAGACUGAGUCCAUCCCCGACCUCCCUGUGCCAAAGGAUGAGUUUAGAUAGCAGAGGAGGCAAGACGCCAUCUCCUGUCGGUGUAGAAAGACGUGCUAGACAGAUUACCAUAUCGAAUACUACAGUGGAGCCGGAUUCCAUCAAACAGAGAUCUUCAGAUGAGGCGAAGCAUGACAUUCUUGACCAAGAAGCUUUACUGGACUUUACUCAUCCUGCCUUGAGAACAGCUUGUUCCAUAUCCCGACAUCAGACUAACUCUGAGUCCCAGACACAAGUAGCCCUUUCUCAGAGUUCCUGCCUAAUGCAAGGCAAUGCUGGUUUAAGUAAAAGAGAAAACAUUGCUCAAGAUAAACCGAAGCCUCCACCCAGGAAUAUAGACAAUACUUCAAUCCCCAAACCAAAGCCAAACAUCAAAAAGCAACAGGGAUUUUUGCCAAGUGGAGCGAGAGGUACACAAACGUCUCUGUCAGAGUCUGAAGGGAUUAGGUUUGCUAAAGUUGUUCAGAGAGAGUCAGCGUUUGAUGUGCUGGCAACUCAGUCAAGCCUGAACCUUCACAGGAAGCGUACAGAAGACUACCCACAAAGGAGGAAUUACGCCUCCAAUGAACAAUACGAACUAAAUUAUUCUGACAGAAAUGCAACGACUUCAAAAAUCUCCUUUUCCACAGAGCCUCUCCCCAAUCAGUCACCCACUAUUGAGAAAAGGAGAAGACUGUUUGACUUGAGCAAAGACACAAAAGUAGAUGCAACAUUUCUGUCUAAUCUCAGGAGACCUAAAAAAGAAAACAACAUACAGACAGCUACAGGAAAUGUAUCUAAACUCUCUCCACAAACCACCAGGGCCUCUUGUCAGAAACACAGAUUCUGGUGGAAGGAUCCACUCCCAGUAAAUCAGUCCGUCUGUGUUUCAAAGGAUUACAGCUGCCAGUCAAGAGAUAUUGAUCGUGAAACAGAUUCUCACAGUUUAAAUCAAUAUAAAACAUGUCUGGUGGUACCUCAGACACAGAAGGCCUCCGGACCUGCUUCUAUUGAGUGUGCAACAUCAAAAACAAUCCUUACAACACCUGAUACUAUCUCACACAAAAACAAAGAGAUGAACCUCUGUGUCACAGGCGUGUCAAAUCAAACGGAUAUUUUUGCACCAUCUGGCCUUCAUGGGACGCCCGCAGAGCUACUAGAAUACCCCUCAGAGAAAUACUGCCCAUUCAACACAAACAGUGUUGGCAUCAGAUCAAAGGGGGUCUUUGACCUGCCGCUGCAGCACACAGUGUACCAGAGGCCAGACCAGGCAACAACAACAACAGCCUUCUCUUCACACACACCAGAUUACCCACCAGCAGGCAGAGCGUUUAUCAUGGAGGAGCCAGAGGACCCCUAUUAUGUCACCAUGUAUUACCCUGGGUCAGUCUACGUGGGUGAGUACAGAGACAUCCAAAAACACUUAACUGAACAGAGUGAAGAAAUCUCUCAAAGCACACAUGGCAGAGACUCUUUUAUAUUUUGUUUGAUCCUUUCAGAGGUAAAUAAUGUUCUAUCUAAGGUGGUGGAAAGUCAGACAAGGGGGUUUGGUCAAAGAGGACAGCAGACGUCGCUCCUUAUCAGUAGAGUAACAGACAUGCUGAAGAGAGGCGACAGCGUUGGUUGGCAGACUCUAUCAAAGUGACUCGUCCAGGAGGACAUACAGCCCUCCACAGAGACAAUCAAACAGAAAGAAAUGAUGCAGAAAGGAAAAGUAAAUAAGAACGACAGGGGAGAAACUCAGAGGCAAACUGUGAUGUUCUCUCCCUGUAGCACUUUUACUUGACAACACUUGCAAAAGAUAUGUAUUUACUGCUAGUUAAAGCUAAGUUAUACCACUGUACAUCAUGUUUUAAUAUUAGUCCACAUUAGACUACCAAACAUUGCAUACUGUGGUCCAAUUAAAACUGAUUGUCAUAUCAAUUGAAUGUCUUUUGAUAGGCCUUACCAGUGAAACUGUGCAGUAUUUAUUUAAUAAAACUAUUUCUAGAGCUGUCAACUAUAUCACAGUCUUUGUCAGCUAAUGGGGUCUGCUCAGUUGUCAUAGAGAUCGAAUAGAUAUUGGACAAUAAAAAGAUAAGAUGAGAGUCAGGAGGAAUAAACAUAACUCAAAGGGAAACAUUGUUGCUGUGAUUCUUUAUUAAAGAUAAAUUGAGCUACUAGGUUAUCUAAAAAUGUAUUUAAAUAGUCACUUGAGCACUUAUUCAAUAAUGGAGCAUGUUUAUGUCACUUGAGUAUUUUCAUUGUAUGCUGCUUUAGACUUCUACACUUCUUCUUACACUACAUUUAAGAUGAAACCAAUGUACUUUCUAGUAUGUGCAACAGUUAUUUGGCAGAUUAUGAUUUUAAACAUAUAAUUGACGAGUUGUUAUAAUUUCAUGAUUUGUUUUAAAUGAAAUUACCAAAUCAGGUUGAAUUAGCUCCACCCAGAGGAGCUACAAUAUUAAAAGGUAUGAUAAUGUAUAAUUUAUAAUAAUGCAUCAACAUAAGGUCCUGCUGCUGAUGGCCCACUGAUACUAUAAACUUACAAAUGAAUGGCUUUAAAACAUCAAAGAAAGAGCAAGACGGAGAAAAAAGGAACCCAAGUACCCAAGUAAGUGUGCAGGAGAUCCAGGUCUACAUGCCUUAUUGGUGAAAUAA